GCCACAGAGCUCCCCUCGCUCAGUCUGGCUGGCCCCAUGUUACUGAGCGGAGCUCCUCCGGCGGGCUCCGGCCCGGGGCAGCGGGCGCAGGGGAGCGCGGGGAGCGGCCCGGGGGGGUCGCGCCGGGGCGCCGGGGGAGCGGGAGCCGGCCCUGGAGGGGGCGGCAGUGGCGGAGUGGCCAAGUGGCUCCGGGAGCACCUGGGCUUCCGCGGGGGGGGCGGCGGCGGAGGUGGGGGCAAGCCGGCGCCCCCGGAGCCGGACUACCGUCCCCCAGCACCGUCCCCGGCCGCGCCCCCUGCGCCACCCCCGGACAUCCUGGCCGCCUAUCGGCUGCAGAGAGAGCGCGACUUCGAAGACCCUUACUCUGGGGGGCCGUCCAGCUCCGCAGCUGCCCCAGCCACCCCCGCCGUCCCCGGCCCCACGCCGCCCCCGCGCCACGGCUCGCCACCCCACCGCCUUAUUCGGGUUGAGACCCCUGGCCCCCCAGCGCCCCCGCCCGAGGAGCGGAUCUCUGGACCCCCAGCUAGCAGCGACAGGUUGGCAAUCCUUGAAGACUACGCAGACCCAUUUGAUGUUCAGGAGACUGGUGAAGGCCCAGCAGGAGCUUCAGGAGCCCCAGAGAAGGUCCCUGAAAAUGAUGGCUACAUGGAACCCUAUGAGGCCCAAAAGAUGAUGGCUGAGAUCCGGAGCUCCAAGGAGACAGCCGCUCAGGCCUUGCCGCUGUAUGACACGCCCUAUGAGCCAGAGGAGGAGGGGACCACCCCUGAGGGUGAGGGGGCCACGUGGCCUCGGGAAUCCCGGCUGCCAGAAGAUGAUGAGAGGCCCCCUGAGGAGUAUGACCAGCCCUGGGAGUGGAAGAAGGAGAGAAUUUCCAAAGCCUUUGCAGUUGACAUUAAGGUCAUCAAAGACCUACCUUGGCCUCCGCCGGUGGGACAGCUGGACAGCAGCCCCUCCCUCCCUGACGGGGACAGGGACAUCUCCGGUCCAGCCUCACCCCUCCCUGAGCCCAGCCUGGAGGACAGCAGCGCCCAGUUUGAAGGAUCUGAGAAGAGCUGCCUGUCACCUGGCCGGGAGGAGAAGGGGCGGCUACCUCCCCGACUCUCUGCAGGGAACCCCAAGUCAGCAAAGCCCCUAAGCGUGGAGCCCAGCAGCCCCCUUGGGGAGUGGACAGACCCAGCACUGCCUCUGGAAAACCAGGUCUGGUACCACGGGGCCAUCAGUCGAACAGAUGCCGAGAACCUGCUCCGACUGUGCAAAGAGGCCAGCUACCUGGUGCGCAACAGUGAGACCAGCAAGAAUGAUUUCUCCCUGUCCCUCAAGAGCAGUCAGGGCUUCAUGCACAUGAAGCUGUCCCGGACCAAGGAACACAAGUACGUGCUGGGCCAGAACAGCCCACCCUUCAGCAGCGUCCCUGAAAUUGUGCAUCACUACGCCAGCCGCAAGCUGCCCAUUAAGGGGGCCGAGCACAUGUCCCUGCUCUACCCUGUGGCCAUUCGGACUCUGUAAAUGGGAGGCCUGGGCACUGUGACAAAUCUGGACCCAGCCCUGUGCCCACCCCCCUGCUGAGGUCUGUGGCUUUUCCCAGGGACAUGUUCUGACAAACCUUUCUUCCCCUCUUCCCAAGAUCAAGUGGAAGCUGGAGAUUCCUUAAUUUAUUCUAAACGGGAAGGCCUACUGGGGCCUUGGAGUAAAAGGCUGUCUGGAGCUGAGGACAGAGGAAUCUCUGGGGAGAGAGGACAGCCCCUGGAGGAAGGGGGCGUCAGAGCCCCUGGUCGCCAGAGGAGUUUAAGAUCCGCAGCCCCCCCCGCCUUUUCCGCCGCUAGGGCACAGGGGGAGACCCCAUUCCUCACCGUCUCCUUCCCCCGGGUCAGUGUGGGGUGGGGCAGGACGCGGGCCUUCGGGGCGCCCUGGCCAUCUCUCUGCCUCCACCUCUAAACCACCGGCGGGCUCCGCCCAGAGUCCGGUGCGGGGCUUGGGGAAGCCAGAAACCACCACCACCCCCGCCCCACCAAGGAUGGAGCGGGUCUUGGGGGUUGGAAGACGAGGGGAAGGGCUCGGGCCGGAGGGAACUUGCGCAGUCCCCGGGCCGCCCCGGCUCCCGGCCAGAUGCAAUAAAUAAACCCAGUCCUGCCAGGCA